CACGUUAACAUAACCUUAACCUUAAUCACAACCUCAAUCAAUUCAGAACCAGAACUUUAACUAAACGCUAACUGUGUGUUUCUUUCAGUUUUCUGCUUUUGCAAUUUCCUUUCCCCGAUCCACUCUUCGCUCGUGCGUUCUGGAACGCAACGCAGCGAAUCUAGCAGCUUCUCCGCUUUCAAAAAUGCUCUCUGUCUGAUUCUACUUCUAGCUUUUUAUUCCUCGGAUUCGAUACCAUGACACCUGGUCACGAAUAUGAUAUUAAUGAUUUGCAUCAAGAGGCUCAAGCCAGAUGGCUGAAGCCUGCAGAAGUGAUGUACAUUUUACAGAAUCAUGAGAAGUACCAGUUCGCCCAAGAGCCCCCGCAACAGCCAACCAGUGGAUCCCUGUUUCUGUUUAACAAAAGAGUCCUGCGUUUCUUCCGCAAAGAUGGCCAUAACUGGCGCAAGAAAAGAGAUGGAAGAACUGUGGGAGAAGCACAUGAACGGCUGAAGGUUGGAAAUGUUGAAGCCUUAAAUUGUUAUUAUGCACACGGAGAACAGAUCCCUAGUUUCCAGAGGCGGAGCUAUUGGAUGUUGGAUCCGGCGUAUGAGCAUAUUGUUCUUGUGCAUUAUAGAGACACAAGCGAGGGAAGGCUCGGUUCCGGCGCUGGUGCACAAUUCUCACCAGGUUCUUCUUCUGCAUAUAAUCAAAGUCCUAGCCCUUAUUCUACUCAGAAUCCAGGGUCAACAUCGAUAUUUGGUGAUUCAUAUGAACCUAAUCAGAGUUUAUCCAGUUCUGGAUCUGCAGAAGUUACCUCUGAUGUAUACAUUCCGAACAAUAAAAUGGGUCACAUGGAUGGAACAGAUGCAGACUCAGGAGCCUCAACUGAACUUGAGGUUACUCAAGCUUUGCGCCGAUUGGAGGAGCAGUUAAGUUUGAAUGAGGACAACUUUAAAGAAAUUGCUCCCUUCUGCAUUAAUGAUGAAACUGGACAUGAUUCAAACCCUCAGCACAAUCAAGGGAUGAUCAGAAAUCAAGAGCAAUCUGCUACUUUCCCUGGACCAGAUGAUCAAGGGUUAUUUUAUGAUGGAUAUAAUGGAAGGCAAGGCGAUGGGGGUGAAUGUUAUCAUGAAUUAAUAGACAAUGGGUACCGUGAUGCUAAUGAAAAGGCUAUCUGGACAGGGGUGCUGGAAUCAUGCAAGUCCUCAUCUGCAGUCAAGUUACCACAGAAAAAUGUAUACAUGCCAACUGGAAAUGAAAAUUCUCUAUCUUCUUCAAGAACGGUACCAGUUUCCAACCAGGAAAACAGUCACUGGCUAAACUUCAACAGUAAUAAUGCUGAAAACUCAGCUGUUUUCUCGAUACCUCAAGGUGUUGAUGGAGUCAAAUUUCCUACAUAUUCUAUUGUGGAAACGCGAGGAAUUAAUUCUAACUACUAUGAAACAUUUUUUCACCAAAACCAAAUUGUAACACCUCCAGAUGCAGAUUCAAGUUUGACAGUAGCACAAAAACAGAAAUUUACCAUUAAGAAGAUCUCCCCAGAAUGGGGUUAUGCCACCGAGAAUACUAAGGUUAUCAUUGUUGGGUCAUUUUUCUGUAAUCCCUCGGAGUCUUCUUGGGCUUGUAUGCUUGGCGAUAUUGAAGUUCCUGUUGAGAUAAUUCAGGAUGGUGUAAUCUGUUGUGAAGCUCCAUCUCACCUUCCCGGAAAGGUUACUCUGUGCAUUACUUCUGGAAACCGGGAGUCCUGUAGUGAAGUCAGAGAGUUUGAAUAUCGUAAUAAGGCCAAUAGUUGCACCCGAUGUACUCAAUUGGAAACAGAAGCCACUAGAAGUCCAGAAGAGUUGUUAUUGCUUGUUAGAUUAGGGCAGAUGCUUCUUUCUGAAUCAACAACAAAGAAUGACAACAUAGAAUCUGGAAUUCCUCUCAUAAAACAGAAAGCUGAUGAUGAUUCAUGGAGCCAUAUUAUAGAGGCUCUUCUAGUUGGCAGUGGAACAUCCACGGGUACUAUUGAUUGGAUUCUUGAAGAGCUUCUAAAGGAUAAGCUGCAACAGUGGCUUUCUUGCAGAUCUCAGGAAAGAGAUGAAGAGACAGGUUGUUCUUUGUCCAAGAAGGAGCAGGGGAUUAUUCACAUGGUUGCUGGGUUGGGCUAUGAGUGGGCCUUGAAUCCUAUUCUGAGUUGUGGAGUGAAUAUAAAUUUCCGUGACAUCAAUGGAUGGACUGCUCUUCAUUGGGCUGCACGUUUUGGAAGGGAAAAAACGGUUGCUUCACUUAUAGCUUCUGGAGCAUCUGCUGGAGCUGUGACAGACCCAAGUGCACAAGAUCCAAUCGGUAGAACCGCUGCAUCUAUUGCAGCCAGCAGUGGGCACAAGGGACUGGCAGGGUAUCUUUCAGAGGUAGCUGUAACAAGUCAUCUGUCAUCGCUUACUCUGCAAGAGACUGAGCUAUCUAAGAGUUCUGCUGAGCUUCAUGCAGACAUGACUGUUAACAGUGUCUCCAAGGAUAAUCUUGCUGCCAGUGAUCAGACGUCUCUCAAAGAUACAUUGGCUGCUAUCAGAAAUGUAACUCAGGCAGCUGCGCGGAUACAAUCAGCUUUUCGCUCACAUUCGUUUAGAAAACGGAGAGCAAGAGAAGCAGCUGCAAGUACCGGUGGCAUUGGUAGCAUUUCGGAGAUUUCUGCUAUGUCAAAACUUGCCUUUCGGAACUCUCGCGAAGAUAAUUCAGCUGCUUUAUCAAUUCAGAAGAAAUAUCGAGGUUGGAAAGGUCGUAAAGAUUUCUUAGCGUUGCGCCAAAAAGUAGUGAAGAUACAGGCUCAUGUGAGGGGCUACCAGGUUAGGAAGCAUUACAAGGUAUUAUGGGCGGUCGGAAUCUUGGAUAAGGUGGUGCUACGAUGGAGGAGAAAAGGAGCUGGUUUACGAGGUUUCCGACAAGAGAUGGACAGUAAUGAAAAUGAAGAUGAAGAUGAAGAUAUUCUCAAGGUGUUCCGAAAACAGAAAGUGGAUGUAGAAAUUGAAGAAGCUGUUUCCCGAGUUCUGUCCAUGGUCGACUCACCGGAUGCUCGGGAGCAAUAUCAUCGCAUGCUUGAGAAAUAUCGUCAGGCUAAGGCUGAACUUGCGGGCACGAGUGAUGAAGCAUCAUUAUCAACUUCUGUAGGAGAUGCCUUGUUUAUGGAAGAUGAUUUUUAUCCAUUUCACUAGGAGCAACGCUAGCCUUGCUAAUCUUAAUUCUUUUGUAUGAUCAAUUUCUGGAAUAACCAUGUCGGUGGUCUUUGUAUCUAGAUGCUUAGAACAAGCUGACUUGUUAGAGACAGUCUAGAUUGUAUAGUGUUAAUGGCGAUGAAUGUUGUUAGUGUGUAAAAUAUAAAAUAUAAAAUGGGAAAUGGCUUUGAAUGUAGGUACGGUUGGGUUUCAACUUGAAUGGCUUAAAUUUUUCA